GCUUGUGUGCUUGUUUGGUGCGGACCUGGUACCUCUGUUGUGAAGCGGCACCUGAGGAGACUCCGGUGCUCGCUAUGGCCAACGAAAAGCCCAAGGAAGGAGUCAAGACUGAGAACAACGAUCAUAUUAAUUUGAAGGUGGCGGGGCAGGAUGGUUCUGUGGCACAGUUUAAGAUUAAGAGGCAUAUACCACUUAGUAAACUAAUGAAAGCCUAUUGUGAACGACAGGGAUUGUCAAUGAGGCAGAUCAGAUUCCGAUCCGAUGGGCAACCUAUCAAUGAAACAGACACACCUGCACAGUUGGAAAUGGAGGAUGGAGAUACAAUUGAUGUGUUCCAACAGCAGACGAGAGGUGUCUACUGAAAAGGGAACCUGCUUCUUUACUCCAGAACUCUGUUCUUUAAAGACAAAGAUUACAUUCACAAUUAGAAAACUGCAAUUUGGUUCCACCACAUCCUGACUACUAUUGUAUAGUUUUCUCUAUUCUUUCA